AUUAGAUAAUGACAUUGUAUAUCCGCACAGUCGCUCACUAAGAGUCGCCAGUGCACAUACUCAUUCUGUAGUGUCUAGAUCACAUUUUUACCAACAUGUUGUACAAAGUUGCUAUUUUAUUGCUCUUCGUGGCUUGCGCCUACGGGUAUGAAGACUGCGGUUCAAAGGACGGAUCUGUUGUAUCAGUUACGAUAGCUAACUGCGAUAACGACAAGAAAUGUGUGCUCAAGAGAAACACAAACGUCUCUAUCGAAAUAGCAUUCACCACAAAUGCCGACUCGGACACCCUCACAGCCGUUGUCCAUGGGGUGGUCCUGGGGGUGCCUCUCCCAUUUAAUCUGCCAAACCCAGACGGGUGCAAGGACUCGGGGGUGAGCUGUCCCCUCAGGGCGGGGCAAUCGUACACUUACAAAACCUCCCUGCCUGUUCUUUCGAGCUAUCCUAAGGUCACAGUCGACGUUCAAUGGGAACUCAAAGAUAAAGAAGGAAAUGACGUGGUCUGCAUUCUUAUCCCCUCACAAAUUAAAUAAAUAGGUUCUGUUUUUAAUUUUUAUACCGAAGUACUUGUCAAAUGAAUCAAGGAACAAUAGUUAAGUUGUGAUAUUGAGUUUGUAGAAUGCCGCUCAGCAAUAAAUCGAACAAAAUUA